GAUACAAAUGCAAAAAGGCACAAAUCCUAAAACCCUAAACCCCAUCCCCUGCUCCUAUAAAUGUGUAGCAACAAAAUCCUUUCCCUUCAUCUCACUUCGCUUCUUCGAGUCUGAGAUUACCCAAAGAAACUGAUUUAGUGGAGAAGGUUUUUGAAUCAGUGAAGAUGUCAAAUCCAAAAGUUUUCUUCGACAUACUUGUUGGAAAGAUGAAAGCAGGCCGAAUUGUAAUGGAACUCUUUGCUGAUGUUACCCCAAAAACUGCUGAAAAUUUCCGUGCCUUAUGUACAGGAGAGAAAGGGAUUGGAAUGUCCGGGAAGCCACUGCACUACAAGGGCUCAGCAUUUCACCGCAUUAUCCCAAACUUCAUGUGUCAAGGUGGAGAUUUCACCAGGGGCAAUGGGACUGGAGGAGAAUCGAUCCACGGAAUGAAAUUUGCAGAUGAGAACUUUACGAUGAAACACACAGGACCUGGUGUUUUGUCCAUGGCAAAUGCUGGACCAAACACCAACGGUUCUCAGUUCUUUAUAUGCACCACAAAAACUCCAUGGCUUGAUGGGAAGCAUGUCGUGUUUGGGAAAGUUGUAGAUGGCUAUAGUGUGGUUAAGGAGAUGGAGAAGGUGGGUACAGAUAGCGGGACAACUUUGGAAAAGGUUGUAAUCGAGGAUUGUGGACAGAUAGUUGAGAAUUGAUAUGGCAGAGGUUGUUUUCGAGGACCCUGGACAGAUAGUUGAUAAUUGUUAUGGCACAAUGGUGGAGGUAUUGAUGGAGAGUUAGCUUUGGCUUGGUAUAUAACCCCCAAACCCCUUGCUUCUUAAUUGAUUAUGCAUAUUGAAUUUGGUGAUCUCAAUAAAAAGUUUUGUAUGUUGUGGCA